AUGGAGUUUGAGAAGAUUGUAGGGCUUUACCCCAAAAGGAGCCCUUCCAGAAAUUCUCAAAGGCCAAAGAUAAACCAAGGCCUAAGAGGGGGUUUGGAAAUAGUUUUCAACCAGCAAUAGACGCGCCUCAGUUAGAACCUCACUAGCUGCGUCAUUGCCCCAAGCGCA